AUGUCGUUGUUGAGUCGUCGGAAUGAAUCCGCGGACCCGAUCCCGAUGGAGGAGCGACCGGCGAAGACGGCGAAGACGGUGGGCAUGAGCGGGUUGAGCUCGAACACGGCGCUGAGCGCGUUAUUAGGCUCGCGAGGGCACGGGACGGCGCAACACAUUCUGGAGAAUGGGCACGUGCGGGCGCUGAGUGAGAGCGCGGAGGGGAUGUUUCGCGAGCGGGAUAGUCACAGGAUUGGGUUCAAGUCGAAGAUCAUCUGCACGCUCGGACCGGUUUCGAGGACGGUGGAGAUUUUGGAGAAGAUGUUGCGAGCCGGAAUGUCCAUCGCGCGAUUCAACUUCUCUCACGGCUCGCACGAGUACCACCAGGAGACUUUGGAUAAUCUCAGACUUGCGUGCGCGAAUACUGGAGUGGAUUGUGCGAUUUUACUCGACACGAAGGGACCGGAGAUUCGCACCGGUAUGCUCGACGGCGGCGGCCCCAUCAUGUUGGAAGUCGGCAACGAGAUCACGUUGACCACGGAUUACGACUUCAAGGGUAGCGCGGAGAAGAUCGCGGUAUCGUACCCGGAUUUGGCGAAGGAUGUCAAGCCUGGAUCGAAGAUUUUGUGCGCCGACGGCUCGGUGACGUUCACCGUGCUCGAGUGCGACGUCGCCAAGGGCGAGGUGCGAUGUAAGCUCGAAAACAGCGCCAAGCUCGGCGAGCGCAAGAACAUGAACUUACCGGGCGUCGUCGUGAACUUGCCGACGAUCACCGAGAAGGAUCGCCAUGACUUGAUCGAGUGGGGCGUGAAGAACCAAGUCGAUUUCAUCGCCGCCUCCUUCGUUCGCAAGGGCAGCGACGUGGAGUACAUUCGCAGCGUCUUGGGCGACUUUGCGAGCAAGGUGUCCAUCAUCUCCAAGGUUGAAAACAUGGAGGGUCUGGACAACUUUGAAGACAUCGUGGAAGCCUCCGACGGUGUCAUGGUCGCUCGCGGUGAUUUGGGCAUGGAGAUCCGCAUGGAACAGAUUUUCUUGGCUCAAAAGCGCAUGAUUAAGCGAUGUAAUCUGGCGGGCAAACCCGUCGUGACGGCUACGCAAAUGUUGGAGUCCAUGACUGGCGCUCCGCGACCGACUCGCGCUGAGGCGACGGACGUCGCGAACGCCAUUCUCGAUGGCACCGACGCCGUGAUGCUUUCGGGCGAAACCGCAGCGGGCUCGUACCCUCUGGAUGCGGUGAAGUGCAUGGCGUCCAUCUGCCGCGAAGCCGAGGCGUACGUCAACGAUGUCGCCGACUACUUCCAAAUCCUCGAGCAACAAAUGGUCCCGCUCGGGGUGACGGAGGCCAUGGCAUCCUCGGCGGUGCGUACGGCGCAAAAGGUCAACGCCUCGCUCAUCAUUACCCUCUCACGCACCGGUCACACGGCUCAGAUGAUCGCAAAGUACCGUCCCGCUAUGCGCAUCAUUAACGUGUGCAUGGACGACGCUGGGUUUCCGGGUCGCGCCCUGGAAGUAUCUCGUCGGUCGCUCAUAACCCGCGGACUCGUUCCUCUGCUAGAACACCCAGCAUGGCGUGGCGAGAGCGGCCACCCGCAAGAGGUCAUGCGCAAUGCCAUCAUAUACUGCCGAGACGUCCUCGGCUUGGUCAAAGCUGGCGACGCCGUAAUCGGAGUCCACAGAAUCAUGGGCGAGGCAGUCUUAAAGGUCGUCAUCGUCCCAGAUGAGCUCGCCGAAUCCUAA